UUCACUCACCUUGGCAAUACUUACACCAUGAAGGCAGAGGCUGUUUGCCUGUUCUUAAUGCUCAUACUGAUAUCCAGCUUUAAUGUGGAGUCAGUCUCAAAAAGCACAGUUGACUGCAGUGAUUUUAAAAAAUUACCAUCAGAAGAGGAAAGAGUCUGCACUGUAGAAUAUAUGCCAAUAUGUGGUUCAGAUGGGAAAACAUAUUCCAAUAAAUGUGAUUUCUGCUCUUCUGUUAAGAAAAGCAAUGACAAAAUCAAAUUUGUACAUAUGGGGAAGUGUUGAAUUAAAGCAUUAACUCCAAAAUUUCUUCUUCAAAUGCUUUUAUUUCCUGCUAGAAGAUAAAGCACAAGACAUCUCUUAUUUCCAGAAGAUUCUCUUUCAGAAUGUUGGAUUUUCAGCCUUGCUUGAAGUUCUAUAUUGAAGAAUAAAGGAAACUGCAUUAA